UAUUUUCUCUUCCACCUCCCCCACAUACCGACGCGGGCCCGUGAACACGACUCACGUCUCUCUCUCCACACCACCCUGCUCUUUCUUUGACUUUAUAUCGCUCUAAUGGAUGGAGUGCGGGGAGGCGAUCCGAUGACGCCGGCGGUCGGAUGCUUGGAAACCACUCCGGCGGACGGGGAUAGAUCCUACCCCGACGCCGGCGAUCCAUUAUUCGCAGGCAGACAGAUCCAUGGUGGAGCAUCGGAGGCGGAUCUAAUGGAGCAUUCAAUCAUCCCAAAUAAUGAGCAUAUCCCAGAUGCGGCGACAGACCCCAAGUACGUUGGCACACACUGGAUUAAUAACGCCUCCGCCACAUUGAGGGGCGCGAAUACAUGUGCAUACGGCCCAGCUCUUAAUCCAGAUGUACCUACCGAUGAUUCUGAAAACAUUAUAGUUGUGCCUGGAUGGAAGAAAAGGUAAUUAUCCGUUGGCACAAGACAAAAUUACUACUUUUAUUGUCUAUUUGUAUGAAUCGGCAUGAAGAUUUACAGGUGUUAAAGAAGUCUGUCCUGAACAUUUUUCUCUACCCCAUUCGUUCCAUAUUAAAGGAUUGUUUUUUAAUACCACGUUAGUGUUCAGAAAUGGAUGUUAAUGUUCGUGAAAAUUUUAUUAUUUAUUAACAAUGUACAGUUAGUACUUAGUAGAGAUAUAUUAAUGUCUGCAACACUAGUUCAUGCUGUCUGUGUGAAAAUCACAAUGCGUGCACUGUUUCCCAACUGUCCCAAGGAGAUAUUCACAGAAUCUGGAGCAUGUAUGCAUCUGUAAGACUCCAGUAAGUACGAAUACACGUGGACGUAUAAGAUAUGGUGUAUAUCUGCCUCCCUUGCGGUGAUGAAUUUUUUUUCGUGGAUGUUGAGAGGGAUGGCAUAAAGCAAACCCCACUUCCUUAUAUAGGUAAGAGUAACCCAUCGAAUCAGCAGCGAGUCUGUUAUCCCGAGAUGAGACAGAUGAUCAGACGUGAUUUCACCCCUUUGGAAGAUAUAUGUUGCCUUUUUGUACACAAGAUGACUGCUGUUGACAUUAGAGACGGCUACAUGGUUAGUGAACAUAACUAUAAUAUCCUGUCAAAUCAUUUUGUUGUUUUGCAAGUCGGAUUUAGAAGAUGGCUGAUCACUCAUCUCUGAAUGUUGUUGUUUGCAUUUGAAAAGAGAAUUCCGAAGAAGGACGUUGAUCUUAUUUAAAGCAAAACGAGUCGCAUGGGUGACUCAAGGCGUAUUCUGCGGCAUGACGAUACAGGAGCCCAUGUAGUGGCUUCAUACAGAAAGGCAAACGAUGGCAGGCUCGUCAUACAAGGAGGUUUCCGGAAGUAUGUCGAUCAGCUUGAGCUGAAGGAAGACGAUCUUGUGGUCAGCACGUUUCACAGCGCGCUGGGUCUCGACAACAGUACGGAUUUACAUCCUAUCUUAAAAUCUUAGUUUAUGUCUCCUAGAUGAGCGUGGCAAUGACUAUGUAUACAUAGAUGCCAUUUUACACGUGGGUGCAGCUCCUCUAUGCAUGCUCUUUUGUGUACGUCGACAAUUUAUGAUUUGUAGCUCUUUCAGUGUGGUACGUGACUAUGUGCAAGUUUCAUCUACCAAUGGUCAUCUGAUGCGUUUUGAAUA